AUGCCUCCUGGGGAGGGGGCAGGUGCGCCGGCGUCUGCGUACGAGCUCGUGGCGCAGCUGCGUGCGCAGCUGGGCGCACUGCGCUCAAGUAUAGGCAGCACAGAUUCCGAGGCGCAUACUCUGUCGCAGCCGACAGCGCGCCACCUGGGGCUGUACCCCGUCGAAAAAGCGCAAGAACGUGCGCAGGCCCCCCUGUCGCCCGAGUCGUGGUCCGACGCGAUGGACGUGCUCGGCGCGUCAGUGCGGGCGAUGCGCGAGAGUGUGCAGGCCAUGCCGGCAAGUGAAAAUGGGCCGGCGAGCGUGCACGAGCUUGGCGCACAGGCCAUCGAGCUCGUGGGCGCCUCGAUGGGCAUCCAGCAGUCGACCGCGCUCGCGGCGCGCCCGGGCGCGGUGCAUACCCUUCCAGAAAGCCUGUAUAAAGGCGCGCUACGGGGCGACGCGUGUGCUGACCGCGCCGCCGCACUCGGGCUGCUCGACGGGCUCUGUGCAGCUAUUUCGCCCGCGGCCACUGAACUGCAGCUCGAGUGUUUCCAGGAGCGCGUCGACGAGGGGACCGAGCGCACGCAUACCUUUACUAGUGGCGGCCGCAUUAUUGUGCUAGACAUUGAGCUUGGCCUUCAGAGCGGAGCGCUCGUGCCGCACGUCGAGCUCAAGCUCUCGUACGCACACGCCGAUGGCCAUGCGCACAGCGAGGGCGCAUCCGACUCGCGCCUGCCGCGCAUGAUGCAAAACGUCCUUCAGCAGCUUACCAAUGUGCUAUUUGGCGUGCCGGUCGACCGCGCGGUGUUCCGCGCGUGUCCUGCCGAGGCAGCACAGCCUACGCAGUAUACCGAUGCGCUGCGGCUCUGGCAAGGGUUCGUCGCGCACCUCGCGACGCUUGCGUACAUUGACGAGCUCUGUGCAAGUCUGCAUACAGAGCCGAAGCGGCCUGUCGACCUUUUUGCGCAGCUCGACGAGCUCGGCACAGCGGCCGAGCAAUUGUGCCUCGCACAGGCUGCGAGGCUCGGUGUAAGCGGCCUGCACAGCGAUGCACUGGCGAUGCUCGCGGAUACGCAUCCUGACACUGCUGCGACACUCGUGCGCUGUGCGCAAGGCAUUGCGUGGCACCAUGUCGUUUCACCCUACCUCACGCUCCACUAUGCCUCGCCCGUACUGGCGAGCCGCGGAGCGUACACGGCGACGGUGCGCAUUGCACCGAGCGCCGUUCCGUCCGGUGCCGCGAAUGCACGCGCGCCGGCGCAUACUCCCCCUGAGCUCGUCGCAGCGAUCGAAAAAGGCGUACAAAGCAGCGGUCCUGUCCUGGCUGUUGCGCCGCUCUGGACGCCGAGCGGGAGUGAAAAGCCGGUUCAGCGCCCGGUCACGUACGUCGCGCUGCUUAAUCCCCCCGUGCUGGUGCCGCAGCGCGUCGCCCAAGGUGUGUGCCACGCCUGCGGCUUAUCGGGGCGCCCAUGGGCCAGUGCGCCGGCCGACCGGGCCGGCGAGACGUACCUCGCACGCUUCCUCGGCGCGGCGCGCGGCGCAUUCCGCGCGUCGGCUACCGACGAGUUUGCGCAGGAAACGCGCGCGAUUUCGAGCCUGCCGUUUGCCUGUCUCGCGCAGCUGUACGAUGCGCUUGCGCUGCUGCGCGACUAUGCGCGCUUCGGCGAGCUGCUUUCCAACGCGGCAUCAUCAUCGUGCGCCAUCCCCGUCACGGUCGACCUCGAGGCCGCGCCGGCACCCGGGCGCUCAGUGCUGCGCAUGACAUUUGCCGUGCCGACGCACGGAGCCAUGGCCAACCUUGCGCUGCGCACGACUGCUGACCAGGCCAGCGGCUACGAGGUUGAGGCGCACGUCGUGCCGCUGAACGGCGGCGAAGCACGCACGCUCCUAUGUACUGAUCCCCAGAGCGUCCAGUGGGCCGACACACUUGCUCGUACUGCACAGCUCGCCGCGCUCGUCGAUACGGCGCAUGCGUGGGCGUGCGCAGCCUGA